AUUAGUGCGGGGAGUUCUUCGAGAACACGUCGGAAAGUGGGUCGCUCAUGGGAUUACUUACUUAAACGCUUACUUGUUGAAUGCAAAACCCGCGGGGCGCAAAUAUUCAGUAAAAUACACGUCAAACAGACGACUUUGUGCUAGUGCUGGAGGUGCAGUUUGGGAGUGAACAAGGCAACGUCUUUCCGCAAGGGGCUUACGUUUUUUAGUAGGUUUACAUUGUUCCCGUCCCUGAUUUUAAGUCGCUUUCUGUGAGGUAAAAUUCACGUGCCAUCGAAUGAACUAGUUUGAAGUGCAGAGUCUGGUGACAAACGUAUGCAUGCGUUUUAACCACCGCUCCUGUGUCUUAGUGAUACUUCUAGAAGAUAAAAUUGUAAGGAAAGCUGGCGAUCUGACAAAUGCUUAUGUUUAUGAAGUGGGCCCUGGGCCAGGGGGAAUCACAAGAUCCAUUCUCAAUGCCAAUGUUACUGAACUUCUGGUGGUUGAAAAGGAUAGUCGAUUUAUUCCUGGAUUACAGAUGCUUUCCGAUGCAGCACCUGGAAAACUGAGAAUUGUCCAUGGUGAUGUGUUGACAUAUAAGAUAGAAAGGGCUUUUCCAGAAAGUCUUAAAAGACGGUGGGAAGAUGAUCCUCCAAAUGUACAUAUUAUUGGAAAUCUGCCUUUUAGCGUAUCAACUCCACUGAUUAUCAAGUGGCUUGAAAAUGUUUCUUGUAAAGAUGGACCUUUUGUUUAUGGCAGAACCCAGAUGACAUUGACUUUUCAAAAGGAAGUGGCAGAGAGACUUACAGCCAGUACAGGAAGCAAACAGCGCAGUCGCCUUUCUGUUAUGGCCCAGUACCUCUGCAACGUUCAGCACAUCUUGACCAUUCCGGGUCGGGCUUUUGUCCCUAAACCAGAGGUGGACGUGGGCGUGGUGCACUUCACGCCCCUGAUGCGGCCCAGGAUAGAGCAGCCAUUCAAGCUGGUGGAGAGAGUCGUGCAGAACGCAUUUCAGUUCCGAAGGAAAUACUGCUAUCGAGGCCUGGGGAUGUUAUUCCCUGAAGUUCAGCGCGUGGAAAGCACUGAGAAACUGUUAGAGUUGGCGGACGUGGACCCUACCCUUCGACCCAGCCAGCUCUCUGUCUCCCAUUUUAAGAGCCUCUGUGAUGUGUACCGGAAAAUGUGUGAUGAAGACCCACACCUCUUUACUUAUAAUUUCAGAGAAGAACUCAAGCAAAAUAAAAGCAAAAAUCAGGAAAGAGAGAACGACAAGGAGAGAUCCCGAUGA